UCGCGCUAGCCGAGCCGUCAUACUUACCCACGAGCGCUAGUCAUGCCUUCUCAUAAUCCCAUAGUACCGUAUACUCACCGCUGCCUCGUUGCGACCCCUCUUCCGCUCAACCUCCGCCCAGCAGCAUGUUCUAACACGCUGCACACCCAUCUGGAGUUCUGAAUGAUACUUAUACCUUCGUGAAAUCAGUUGACUCCUCGUUUGGAAGAAAUGCCUCAAGAAGCUACCACCGCCUCGGCUGCGCUCGAGGCAAUGUUGCAAGGUACUCUUGAUAUCAAGGACACGUUUGUCAGGGACAAGCGACAAGACGCCGACAAACCUUCUCCCGUGUCACCGGGAUCGCCGGACGAACAGUCUCUGGAAUGGCACGAGGUCAUCGAACUCCAGGCAUUCAGUCAACGUAAAGAAUGGAUAGAAGAAAAGAUACAGUUCUUAGAGAAUAUGCCGGCUGUGGAGGUUUUCGGCCCUUUGGAUACUCUGCCGUCUCGUGCGGAACUGGAGGAGUGGUUUGCGGAGCACGAUAGGAUAGAAAAGGAUAUCAGGAUUUUCGAUGACGGUGAGCUCAGAAAGUUGAAGAAGUUCACGAAAGCUGCCGCCCAGCGCAACCUAUCUCCUGCAGAUACCGACCUCAUUGAGCUAACCCUUACUACUAUCUAUCGGUUGGACCGGCUCCUCCAUUUACUUACAGACCGAGCUGCCAACCUGCAGAUGCUGGACAUCCGGCUAACGUGGGAAGAUAGGCGUGCUGCAGCGUGGACGGAGUACCACAAUCUCCUUGCCGACAUCAGACAAUUCUUGGCCACACGAGCUCGCUGGUCCAGUGCGGCAUCCGAACAUGCGGCCUCCAUAACGGAAACCCUAACGGAAACUGUUAGCGAACCGGUGCCUAGCAGGCGCAGCUCCAUAGUAUCCAUGACCUCGAUGGCCUCUGACUCGUCUUACCUAUCUUUAUCCGGGGCUUCUCGGAGUUCGAGAUACAAGUACACUGAACAGCUUUCACGCGAGGCCGCACAGCUGACGAGCCGGCUGUCUUCAUUGAGACUCAGCAAGAUUCCUGUCACGGCGAAGACUCUGGAUAAGUGGAUUGCGCGGAGCAGAAGGAGCCAAAGGACAAUUCCGGACGAAUUUCUUGACGAGCAGGACAGGCUCGAGAACGAGGUUGGCAGUGCCACGGACGAUGUUGGGAGAUUCGUCAUGAGCGUAGUAACGCAAUGGACAAGGGCCGAUGAUAUCUAUGCUGAAACGUCGAAGGACAAGGCUGCGGUGGAGACGUUGCUGGAAGAAUUGGACGCCGCCCUACAAGCCCAUCCGAAUCCACGUCUUGACGCUGCAUUCAGUUCACGCAUCAGCUCGCUCGUGAAGCGAAUAUCGUCAAGAAACAAUCCGGCCUCUCCUUCGAGCAUGUUUCCCCGACCGGUUCACCCGCUGUUCCCUGAACAAGCGGAAGCUAACGAGACCAUUGUGCGCUUACUUUCUCAAGAGCUGACAUCCGCUUUGGAGCAAGCAAGAAGGGUUGAGCGCCAGGUCAACGAGUAUCACUCGUCAGUCGAGGCAGUCAAACAUGCAGAAGCAACAUGCAAGACUGCAAGAGACAUAUCUGCGCGGUUUGAUUCUCUGACUGAGCGUUUGACCGAGGGGCUCAGCAGCGACAAUGGCGAUGGGACACCUCCAGACUUGUCUACCGAGGCGUGUCUGGAAGGGACUCGCCAUUCAUUCUUCGUCGGGAUGCUACCUUCUAUGAUGCAGGAGAUAGACGCGGCAAACUCGGAGGUUGCGAACGCAUCUCGCGCUGCGCGAGCGGCAUUAUUGCAUCUCGACCGUCCUGGGAUAGACCCGCAAUUCAAGGCUGACUGUGUAGGCACAGUUGAGCAAUUGUUCGCCUCUCACCAACAGACUGCGAAAGCACGAGAAGAGAUUAUGGGUCGCGCUACCGCGCUCACGGCAGUGAGGCGUAUUUGGACUGUGAUGGGACACGUUUUCGAGGAUAUAUAUCGUCUCCGAGAGCAAGUAGCUGCUGCGAUGGUAGGCUCGGUGUGGCAGCAAGAGACUGAUGUACAUGAUGCACCACCAACCCCUGAAAGCCCUAAUGCACCAUCCCCUCCCGUCGCAAUAUGCCAUGAUACAGCUGCUGCGAGGUUGGACCAAAUCGAGGCGGAUCUUCGUGAUCAGGUCACCGUUCCACUAGCGACCCUAUCACCUGCGUUAGGCCCGCCGCUGCUAGGGUAUCUAACGCGGUGUUUCACUGGAUUGUCGACGUUCUUGGAGAGCGUGCGGAACACUGCUGAAGUCUGGGAUUCCAUCAAGAUGCAGACGGCCAUCAUGGAGCAUGUCCGCGAUCGCUUCCGCGAAUUGCAAGGGGAGAUUGGAGAUCUAAACGGUCGAUUUGACCAAUGGAUACCAGAGGUCUUGGAUGGGGGUCUGUCUGGUGAAGAGCUACUCCUCGUUGAAGGCGCUUUGACUAGUGAUCUCAAGCGUUGUCAAGAAUCGGUCCGCGCGUACAUUGAUGAUCUACCCCGUCGUGUGCCAUUUAUUAGCCAGCAAACAUCUUCGUCAUCUUCGAUCAGUGAUACUUCGGACACAUGGCGGCCCUCAUCGAUUCCGGCAUGCACGCUUGAUGCUGUGCAGCAGGCAUGUUCGCUUGGCUCGCCGAUCGAUCCUACUUUAGCGGAUCACGCGGUGCGCGCCGAUUCUAACGCUUAUACGUUGACUCUGUCUGGGUCAGUCAAAGGAAUUGAACGGAAGGCUAAUCAUUUCCAGUUGGCCAAGAUCGCGCAAGCCGUGGACGAGGCGAUUGUCGCUGUGCAAGACAGUAUUCGCGCCGUUACAGAAACUGUUUCAUCUAUCCACAACUCAUUCGCUGACCAUGCCACGCCGUUGGGCUUGGAGGAUCUGAAACACCUCUCUAGCGAUUUGGAGCAGCUAUUGCAAACAGAAGGGCCAGAAAUUGCUCGGUCAUUCUCUCCUCUACACGGAUUACUCUACCGUCUCCGCUCUCAGUCGCAUGAUGAUAGGCCUGGGGCGUCGAGUGACAUCCUCACUUCUCGGCAGAGGGAUGUGGACGAUGCUGAGGGCCAGUUCGCAUCGUGGAAAGAAAGCACAUCGCUGUUACAGCAGCGCGUUUCCCAUGCGAUACAUGCAGAGCAAGCUAGACUAACGGAGCAAGCUUUCAUCGACAAGGAAGAGCAUCUGAAAGCUAAAGAUGUUGAGGAUGUUGCGGUGCAGACCACAACUGUGGAGGUUCACAAACCAGACGAGGAGUUGGAGAGGCAGGAUACUCCCGAGUUGACGAUCGCUAGCGUCGGUACGGGAGGGGUUGAGGAGGAGACGGACACCAACAUCACUUUAGUCCCGGAGGUACUUGAACCAGUCGAAGAGUGGGAAGGUGACAAGACUAUAGUUCUAGACAGGUUAGAUGCAAACGAUGGCGAUAACAUCUUCGGCCUGCGAGGACUACCCCUAUCGCCAGAGCCAACAGUCAGCGCUCAGGCCAAGGCAUUGCUGGACAAGAUUUCCGGAUUACGCAGAAAACUGCAUUCCAUCCAUGAGAAUGAGAUUGCACAUCCUAGCUCGCAGUCGCACGACUCACUCCCGAGCCAUGAUCAAUGCAGACGUAUGGAUCACCAGCUCACGUUAAUCAACUCUAUAACGUAUGAUUUGCCUUCGACAGCUCAGGAACCGUUGGUGGAGGCGGAACUGCAGUCCCUGCGCGUCGAAAUUGAAUCGUCACAGGAACUGAUGCAAAAGCUGCAUAGCCUGGCGCACUUAUCGGAUGCCCUUGUCAACUGCGAUAACGUGCUCAGUGAUCUCUUGACGCAUAUCGACAGCUAUCCAUCUCCUCCUGAAAUGCUCUUGACGUCGUACACGCCGGACAUUGCCCUGCCUCCCGAAGGACAACUUUCUGCUCGGCUGGAGUUUACCAGAGGAAUCAUUGCCGACUUGACGUCGCAAUACUCUGAUGUGGCAGAUGAUCCUCGUGCUACGGCUGAACAUGACCGCGUGAUGCAAACAUGGGAUGAGCUGGAGGCUAUGGCGGCAGAUCGCAUGGAUGGAACCGAGUCGAGGCCCAUCAGCGUCAUGAGCUCUGGUCGGAGCAGUCGCGCUUCUGUCUCGAGUUCACGGUCCACGCUCUCGGUCAAGAGGAGUUCCAGUAAUGUCAACCUCUCUGCAGAAGCAACUCACAGUCAAUACCUUGCCCCUCCACGGAAUGCACGGUCAACAAAUGGCAGCUCCUCGGCCUCGCGAAAUCCACGCUCGGUCAGCACUGCGCGAUCAGCUCGAUCUCCCAGCACUGCUCGUUCCAUCAGCAGGGCAUCCGUCACAUCUGCAAGUCGCUCUGUCUCUCGCCCACCCUCAUCCGCGUUAUUUGGCUCUACAUUCUCCUCCCGUCAAAGGAAAACUAGUGUCUCUUCAGAGGCUCCUGUACCAGUCGCUGUCAAACAGGCAUCUAGUGCGGUGAUCACGCGGCCUAGGGCUCAUACUGGCCAAUCCUCCCGCCCAAAGCGUGUCACCUCGCCUGCAAGGUCCGAGGUCCCAUUGCUGUCUCAUUCUCGCUCAGUCUCUCGCCUCUCGCAGUCGGCACAGCCAUCGACCUCCCAACGCGCUUCCUGGGCUCGAGCCCCGAGACGUUCGUUCCCGAAUAAUUAUACAUCUUCUCCGCUAUCGAAGGCAAAGUCGACCGUCAAGAAACCGUACGUUCCGGAUCCAAAGAACAAACUAGAUGUCGCAGUUGGCGAUGUUGUCAACAAGCUUCCUGUAAAUAUCAAUGUGGAACACGCUGCAAACACAUGGAAGGAUCGGAGUGGGAAGUAUUGGAUAGGAGACGAGGACCCUAAACUAUGUUUCUGCCGCAUUCUGCGUUCUCAAACGGUUAUGGUACGAGUUGGUGGCGGAUGGACGGAGCUUUCAAAGUUCAUCAAGGAGCAUUUCGCUGAUGCGUUCCGGAUACUUCCAGACUCUCCAAAUCUUGGUUCGCGAGAUGAGAAGUGGAUUAGUUCUUCGUCACUCUCGCAAGCAGCCGAACGAUUUUCUCCACCGAAUCUGCCUGUGACACCCGAACCGAGGAGCCCGUUCGUGCCAUCGUUCUCUUUGUCCCCGCCGAAUGGAACAAGCCCUCAGUCUAUCAAGUCUUCCUCGCCGGGGUCGCCUCUUAACCCUCUGCAGUACCUCAGGCGUCCAGAUACCCCUUCUAAGGCGCCGCGGUCUGGAAGGACUUCUGCGCUCAGCGCACAUGGGCGUCAGCCUGUCUGGAGACCCUAGUGGGCUUUUUUUGUUUGUUUCGUGUUGUCGUUCACAAUGCUUUCUAGUUCUUGUUUGCGUCGAUUGAAUUGAGAAGAGAUAUAAUAUUAAAGCUUUCGUAGUAUUUAUUUCCACCUCAUGAGGAACAAUGUACAUACACGCUUUGUCUGCUAUCGUAUGCUACCUGUGUCGAUAGGUUCGAUUUGCGAAGUGCAGCGUCAGGUCUUUGGGCAUCAGCUCGUCAAUCCCUACCUUGGGAAAGGGCGGCUCCGUGAAGUGACAAUUCUCUGGGCUGAGUGUGCCGUGCGGGAGCUGAAUUGAAUUACCGAAUCUGGUAGGCUUUCCGGUGUGGCUGC